AAGAAUUGCUUUCGAUUUUGACAUUACUAUUUUCAAUAAAAUCUUUCAUCAUUUCAAUGUGAUAACAUGUAAUUUUGUGACUAUUCGUUAUUUGGUUGCUUCUCAACCAUUAUGUGAUAGUUUUCAUCAAGUGGCACGUUUUAAUAGGUACUUACAUAAAUACCUCAAAGAUGAAAGAUACGAAAGAAAGGACAAUGUCUGGUAGCAGUACCAUGCUAAGUAAUGACUACACGGCCGCUUUCAGUUCUAUAAAUGAGAGACCGGUGGAUGAUAUUUCGUUAGAAUUUUUUUACAAACCGCAUACCAUUACUCUGUUAGCAGUAUCUAUAGCAUCAGUAAUCUACACAGCGUUUGUAAGAGAUGAGUCUAGCAUCCAAGAUAAUAUAUGGUCAGGAAUAUGCUGUGUAGUCUUUUUUUUCCUCAUAGUAUCAGUUCUAACAUUCCCUAAUGGACCUUUUACACGACCACAUCCGGCUGUUUGGAGAAUUGUAUUUGGCACAUCAGUGCUAUACUUACUGGCACUGCUGUUUCUAUUAUUUCAAAGUUAUUCUACUGUUUAUGAAAUAAUGUAUUGGAUUGAUCCAAAUCUGCGUAACUUCCACAUUGACAUGGACAAGGAGUAUGCAGUCAAUUGUUCGGAUAUAAGUUUGACCAAGAUCUGGUCUCAUGUUGAUGUCUUUGCCUGGGGACAUUUCUUGGGAUGGUUAUUUAAAGCCAUACUUUUUAGACAUGCAGGAUUGUUGUGGGCUAUUUCUAUAAUGUGGGAAAUAACAGAAAUAGCAUUUGCACAUUUGCUUCCAAAUUUCUUAGAAUGCUGGUGGGAUUCUGUUAUAUUAGAUGUUUUAGUCUGUAAUGGUCUUGGAAUAUGGUGUGGCCUCAAAAUAUGCAAAGCCUUAGAAAUGAGAGAAUACAAGUGGGUCAGUAUAAGGGAUAUAUCAUCUACAACUGGUAAAAUAAAGCGUGCUAUACUGCAGUUUACACCCGUACAAUGGACACCAGUUAGGUGGCUAGAUCCUACAAGUACAUAUAUGCGAUUCUGUGCAUUGAGUCAACUGGUUGUAUUUUGGCAAAUUUCUGAAUUAAAUACAUUUUUCUUGAAACACAUAUUUGAGAUGCCACCCUCGCAUCCACUAGUCAUCGCUCGACUUUGUCUUAUUGGAGUAAUUGUAGCUCCAUCUGUGAGGCAAUAUUACACUUAUGUUACUGAUCCAAAUUGCAAGCGUGUUGGUACCCAGUGUUGGGUAUAUGGAGCUAUUAUGGUGACUGAAUCUAUGCUGUGCAUUAAAAAUGGCAAAGAACUUUUCGGUCAAGCUCAAGUGUGCAAUGUGAUUGUCUGGCUAGUCAUUCAAAUUUUAGUAUCAAUUGGCUGUGUAUAUGGUGUAGUACUCUAUCAUAGAUAUUUUGAGCCAAAUAAUGAUUCUAAUGCUGAAAGUCCAAAAAAAGUUGAUUAAAACUUUAGUCAACAAUGGAGAGUUUGUUUAGUUAGGUAAUUCUGUGAUGACCACCCAUGCAUCAAGUUGCAGUGCGCUCAGUGUAUUCUUAAGUGACGGCGUGUUUGUUGUUGAAUAGAUUUUAGGUAUUUAAGUUUACUUUGGUAAAGAUGUGAUUUUACAGUGAUGUAUAGAUUCUAACAUAAAUGACCAAAUGAUAGCGCACUUGCUACUUCCUGCAUUUCUGGCUGUACUGGUCUUUAUUGCUUGAAGAUUUUUAAUAUUAUGAUUGACUUUUGUUCCUCAAAUAUUUAUUUCCAAUUAAAACGUUAUAUUUAGUUCCCGAUAAAUGAAUGGGGUUGAUAACGACUAGUCAAAUUCGAAAUGUUAAAAACUAAAUAAUAUGUUUUAUUGGAAUAGUAGGUACCUACGAAGUUAUUUUGAUGUCAUAACUUCCGUGUUAAACACAAUACUUAUUUUCACGUAAAUUAGAUUUGCAAUAAUAACGGUUUACGUAUAAGUUAUCACCCCCAUUCCCGACCCACCAUUUUAGGUAUAUAUUAACAUAUUUUGUGUCUAAUAAAGUGCCGUACAGUUUGUCCCAGUAGACUAAAGUGUCGGCAGAGCGCUUUCAUCGAGUCUUAUAAUGCGACAUGCUAGAUUAGUUGAAAGAAUUAGCGCAAUCGCCGAAUAGUCAAUACGAAUAAGUAUGUAUAAUAGAAUGUAUGUCGAAUAUUUCUGACUUAGUAAAAUAUAGAUGUGUGUUUGUGUAUUAUGUCCUUUCUAGGAAGUUUUCUGAGUCCUACUGAACUAUAAAUAUUCUAAGAUGCUGUGAAUUAAAAGGCAGCAAUGCAGCCAAUAUUCCAAAAAUUGUGUUUUAUGUGAUAUUGUAAUAAAUUAGUUACACACGACAGUGGAGAGCAAUGUGACGGUGUAUCUGCAUACCUAUCGACUUUUAAUUUAUUACAAUAUAAACUCUCAAUUAUUUUCCUUGAAAAUAACCUUUACGUAUGUUUUUUUAAUAAAACAUUGCCGCAAUUUAACAAAACCCUUUGUCGCUGAUAAUAAUGUAAAAUUUUUCAUACUCGUCACACCCAGAUCGACCUGCAAUAAUAGUUUAUAGAUGACACAAAGAGAUGCUUCGUGCGGGAAUCGAAUCCGCGCCAUGUUUCACGGCAGCCAGGUGUCCAGAUGUCCAGCAGCACAGUCAACCAACCGUGCGGUCAAUGAUAAGUCACGAUUACUUACAUUUUUAUUAGUAUUUAUAGCCUUUCGUGUAAGAGCGUUGUUUGGAAUAUUCCUCCAUUUAUAGCCAAAUCUUCUAGCUGAUGUUAGUUCCAAGAAAUAACCGACAAGAUAUUAUUAGGUAUAUCUGUAACCAUUCUCAUUUGAAUGAUACGUAUUUAUUAUUUAUGAAACUAUAGAUAAAUAACUGGUACUCACCAUUAUUAGGAAUACGGCGGUCCUUUUUUAUUAAUUUUGCAUGAAAACGCAACAUAUGACGUCAUUUAUGUAUAUAAGGACGAUAAGAAAAUAAAAAUAACAAACAGGAAAGAUGUCGUCAAGUGAAUGAAUUAAAAAAAUAUUCAAUUAAUUCAUUGUAGUACCUAGGUACUGAAAAUUCAAAAUUAUUUCGCCGGUGAAGUGUCAAUAACAAACUGAUUUUUUAUACUGAUUCUAGAGACUGAAUUUUUGUGAUUUUUAAUCAAGGUUCGUUUUUUGCUUAUGAUUAUUUAAAUUCGUCUUAAUGUUUGUAUUUAAAUGCAACGGCAUGCUAAUGAAUCACCUCCCAACAAUACCAAACAAAAUUGUGGCAUUAUAUACCUACAUUACUAAGUUAAAAAAGUGGGUUAGGAGUUUGGUUCAAACUUAACGUCGAUUUAUGAGGUA